CCGACGUUUUUAUAUCUGGAAGAAGAAGAAAAACGAAAGGAAUUCAAACAUCGACUCGAUUUUAUCACUUUGUGUUUGACCUCCUGAUUUCGGCGUAUAAUCCCCCCAGGACAGAAACACGUCUCAGCAGUGAGUCGAGAUCAGAUCUUUCUCUGAACGGAAGGAAAGAUAUCUCCGGAUUCAGAAUCACGGUCCUAUCCCCAUUUUGUCGUCCUGGAUUCGAAACGAGAACAAAGUUGUAAUUUACGACGGCGGCAUCGACAAUAGCAACGUCGUCAUCCACAACCUAGGACCACGAGAACGACCACGACCACGACCACGAUCGCGAUAACGAUAACGACGACGGCGAUAAGAAGGGCAGAAUCCGAGAUCCCGAGAUCGCCUUAGAGCACCUUUUUACGUUACUUGAGAAAGAACGAAAAACGAGAGACGAGAGCGAGAGGCUGCUUACGGGGAGAGUUAUGAUCACAGUGCCAUCGCAAGAGAUUGCGGCCUUUCUCGGGAACCAUCUCGACCAUGUUCUACAGCGGACGGGGAACAAUUUUCUGACGUCUGUGGCAGCGGAUCGGGAAUUCCGGGCAGGAUGUGCGAUCAUGGAUCUGUUGAAUGCAGUCGAGUCGGUUCAGUCGAGUCUGAGGGUCUUGUUGGAGAAGAAUUGUGGCGCCCAGGGUCGUCCAUCUGAGCACCAGGAACGGGAGAUUAGGGUGAUGUCGCUGUAUCUGCUGCAUUGCCUGUACCGUUAUGUGCCGAUUCAGCAGAACCCGUUCCUGUGUCUGUUUGUCGAUAUCUACAACCUGGCGUCCCAGGAUGAGAAGUUGAAGUCGGAGCGGUUUGUGACAAGUGUGAUCCUGAACGGCAAAGGAGAGGAGCUUGCACCAAAGACUCCCUCCGAGUUGAUUGCGUUGUCACAAAAGAUCGAGUCCCGACCGGUGAAUUUGAGGAUGCUGGAGGAAUACCUACCCGAGGUACCGAUAGAGGAGCAGGUCAAGGUCGGACUCGGCUGGGACAGUCAGCAGACGCGUGAAGACAAAAAGCGAGUGUGGGAGGCCUUCACGAUAGGAAGCCGAUAUGGCGACGACGAGGGUCAGCCCAAUGGUCAUCUUCAUCAUCAUCAUCCCCAUCACCACAACCAUCAUCGUCAACAACAAGGAGCUACAAACGCCGCUUCACCAACAACAGCAACAGUAGAACCGGCAAAGGAACAAGACGAACAGGAGGAAGAGUUGGAGGAGUGGGAGAUUGAGGCGGAGAGGCGGUUCCAGGAUUCGGAUGAUGAUGAUGCGCCAUCGUUGCCGUCGCCGGCGAGCAAGAAGGCGACAUUCAAGCCGAAGGUGUUGGUUUCGGCAGCCAAGACUGUGGAACAACAGGUUGUGCCUGUGGAGACGAAGAAGGUUAGUCAGGCGCUGGAGAAGGCGGCGGCUAUGGCAGCAGCGGCGGGUCAAGCACAGGAGCAGCGGCAACAGGAUCCGGCGAAGCGACGGAGAAAGAUUUGGUCGAAGAAGUAGCUUCUAUUAGAAGGACGAAUAAUAGGAUCCAUGGACACGAGCGAAUAAA